CGGCACCGGCACCGCAGCAUCCCGGCCGCGCCUCCGCCGCUCUCGGCCCCGGGGCUGCUUCGCCGGGGGCUCGCCCUGUACAGGGCGCCGUCGGGACUCCAUCGGCGCGGCCUCUGCGAGGGACACCGCUCGCCGCCAGCCAUGGACGGGGACAGGGUGGAGAUAGACGGCGGGAUCAUGGAGGGGGGCGGGCAGAUCCUGCGGGUGUCCACGGCGCUGAGCUGCCUGCUGGGGCUGCCGCUGCGGGUGCGCCGGAUCCGCGCCGGGCGGAGCCAGCCCGGCCUCAGGCCUCAGCAUCUGUCUGGAUUGGAGAUGGUUCGAGAUCUGUGUGAUGGGAAGCUGAACGGUGGAGAAAUUGGCUCAACAGAAAUAACCUUCACUCCUGGGAAGAUCAAAGGUGGAACCCAUAUAGCAGAUACAAAAACAGCAGGGAGCGUGUGUCUACUGAUGCAGGUAGCAAUGCCCUGUGUGCUGUUUGCUGCUUCCCCAUCAGAGCUUCAUUUAAAAGGUGGGACUAAUGCUGAGAUGGCUCCUCAGAUAGACUACACAGUCAUGGUUUUUAAGCCAAUAGUUGAAAAGUUCAACUUCACAUUUAACUGUGACAUAAAAAAGAGGGGCUACUAUCCUCAGGGAGGUGGUGAAGUUGUGGUCCGGAUGUCUCCGGUCAAAGAGUUGAGCCCAAUAAACUUAACAGAGCGUGGCACAGUGACAAAGAUAUAUGGAAGAGCAUUUGUUGCUGGAGCACUGCCUAUCAAACUGGCAAAAGACAUGUCAUCAGCAGCAGUGAGAUGCAUCAGAAAAGAAAUCAGAGAUCUUUAUAUAAACAUUCAGCCUGUUCGAGAACCUGAUGAUCAAGCUGUUGGGACUGGAAGUGGAAUAAUUAUUGUUGCAGAGACUUCAACAGGUUGUUUGUUAGCUGGGUCAUCACUUGGCAAGAGAGGAAAGAAUUCUGACAAGGUUGGCAUUGAAGCAGCUGAGAUGCUGCUUAAGAGUCUUAAACAUGGUGGAACUGUGGAUGAUUCUCUGCAAGACCAACUGAUCAUUUUUAUGGCACUAGCAAAGGGAGUGUCUAGAGUGAAAAGUGGACCAAUUACACUCCAUACUCAAACAGCUAUACACUUUGCAGAGCAGCUAACAAAGGCCAAAUUUACUGUGACAAAAUCAGAAGACGAAGAUCCCAGUAAUGAUACCUACAUCAUUGAGUGCCAAGGAGUGGGGAUGAUAAACCCAAACUUAUAGGGUUAAACAAAAAAGGCAGCAAGCUGACAAAGGCAACACUCAACAUACCUCAGUGAUGUAUCUGCAUCACUACAUCUCAAUGGAUGUUCACCUGUGUGAACAGGAGAAACCUUCUGUCACAUCAGAGUGAUUUAACUUCAAGGAUGGUGUCAAGCUUUUCCUUGGUGUGGUGAGAAUCUGUCAUGAGAAACAAGAAACCUCUACCUUUUUUUUUUUUUUUUUACUAUUAGCAGCAAAAUGAGUGGCAACAGGACAGGAAAUAGAAUAUAUUGUACAUAUGUGAGAGCUUCAGUUAGAAGCUUUGAAAAUCCAGCUUCACCAAAGUAGAAAAUAACUAUUUUAGUUUUGGAAAACUACUAUCAGUAUUUCUUUCCCUUCUGAAAAAUGUAAGUUUCAUUCUCUGGAAACCUUUAUGUUAUGAGGUAUAUGGAAUGAAGUGCACUAUCAAAUCUGUAUUGCUGUUCUUCCUUAGCCAUUCUGCUUAAACUGUGUGUGAAGAAAUAAUAAAGCAAUAUCACCCUA